AUGCCAAACUUCACGGUGAUGUCAGUUUCUUCUUCCGCUCGUGAUCGCAGAGGGAAACCACGCUUGGGCGCGAGAGGGAUUAGGAAAGUCAAAACCGGCUGCAAGACUUGCAAGAUCAGGCGCAAGAAGUGUGAUGAGAUCAGGCCCGCGUGCUCACAGUGCAGUGAUACCGGCCGUCGUUGCGACUUCAGCGGAGGUGUUCUGAACCAUCUCCCGCAAACUUCGGACAUACCCCUUGCACGAAAACCGGAGAUGAGCUUUAGCCUGCGACCAAGUCUACCUUGCCAUAUGCGUGACCUGACGUAUGCCGAAGCAAGCCAUCUCGACUACUUCCGGCUGGUGUGCGCGAAAAGCUUUGCAUUGUCUUUGGAUGCCACGCUGUGGGAGAAUCUUCUUCUGCAGAACGUACAUCUAGAACCCAGUAUUUAUCACGCCGCUCUGACGGCUGCUGCACUAAGCAGACACCAGUAUUGUCCAAUGCAAGCAUGGUACGAUCGAGGGAAGACCAAUUCACCCAUUGAAUUCGCCAUAGUCCACUACAAUCUGGCCAUACGAAUUGUAAAUGAACGACUUGGACAUUCAGCAGGAAGCUCUGAGCUCGCUGUGCUGGCUAGUAUCAUCUUCGCUCACGUUGAGGCAUUUCAGAAUUUCCGACCCGGCAAAAGAGAUUCAAAUCUGAUUUCUGCUCACCUCAAUGGUGGACUUGCGAUUGUGCACAGCCUCAAGUCCACGUCUCAAAACAUAGACCAUCUUGAAGCUGCCUUGACACACAUGCAAACUCAGAUGGAGCAAUUUGAGCAAUAUUCGGCCCGGUACCAACAUUCUUCCGGAGAUCUCUAA